AUGCAACGGGCGAUUUGGCAGUGCUCAGAAGAAGAAGAGGAUGAGGGUGCUGAGAGGGUUGUUGAGGAACUAAUUGAGACUCUCCUUGAAGUUAUCAUACAAAAUCGAUUGUCAAGCCCCUCUGCACUCAAGCUUGCUGAGGCUGCUCUCCGGGAAACAUCAUUGAAACCAUUAAUCGAAAAACGUCUUCUACAAAGCACAAUUCAACACCCGCACUUCUUCAAACUCUCCUCAUCACCAUCAUCCACCCGAGACGACAUCUCUCUGCUACACACCCUCUUCCACCUCCAUCCCACAAACACGUGUCAGAUCACGCAUAUCAAGCCUUUAAACUGCGUAUAUUGUGGUACAUUGUUCAGUGCCAUAUCCAUAUUCCAGCUCUUCGAAUUAACGAGGAAGUUGUACGUUUCUCAGUUGUUUGGGAGGUGGUCUGCGAUGGGCAAUGGGGAAGAGUCUGGCAAGGCGCUUGAUGCGGUCCUGAGCUUGGAUGCGGGUGUUGUGUUAAAAACACGUUUGAAUUUCCCUAGGUGGCGUCGUUUGGAGUUUGACACCAAUCCUUUGCCUAGUAGGACAAGUGGUGGAGAAGAACAGCUGUACGAUCCUGUGUUCCUCAUCCUCCUUUUUAACUCCCAAUACUUUCCCCACCUAUGUCCCUGUUUGUGGAAUAGAUCGUGUUAA